ACUCAUUUGUACGAAGUCACCCAUUUCAAAGUCCACCUAUGUCUAUGCGCUUGAAUUCGCAUCCGAUCUUGUCAAAUACGGAACUUUUUCUCUUUCUUUCUCUGUGAUUGCCGUCAUGUUUCAUGAAGGUGACCUGCAAUCCGGCAUCGGAUUGGCGAUACAACAAUCCAAAUCUGUAGCUUGCUUUGUCCGCGACGAUAGCUUGGAAAGUUCCCAAUGGGAAAAUGAGUGGCUACAAGAUGAUGAGGUCUCAAGACUUUUACAGUCUAGGUCUGUAAUCUUGCGCCUAAAUGCUGGCUCUCAGGAAGCAGGUUUCUUGUCGGCAUUCUGUCCAGUGAAUGAUGUGCCUGCACUCGCUUUGAUCCAACAUGGACAAUUGUUGGAUCUACUUACCCGACCUAUUACGGAAGACGAGUUCAAGUCACGUAUAAGAAAAGCAUUAGGUGCAGGAACAGAAACUUUGAAGGACGUGCAAGUCGCGCCAGCACAAAGCGAAACGGCGAGCAGUUCACAUUCAGACGCCUCAACCCCAGCAGCUGCAAUAACCUCACAGCCUGCGAUAUCCGUACCUCUAACCGAUGCUUCAAGUCAUGAUAAUGAAGGAAGAAAAGAAUCGAAAGGAAAGCAAAAGCAGGAGGAUCCAACACCAGCUCUUCCCGCCGCAACCCAUAUUCAAUCUUCCGCGCCACGGAACGAUUGGCUUGAACAGCAACGGCAAAGACAACUGGACGCGCGAAAAGAGAGAGAAAGAAUUAUGGCGCAGAUUGAAGCGGACAAAGCCGAGCGACGAGCUCGACGAGAGCAAGAGAGGAGAACAAGAGAGCAGGCGACAGCAGAGACUGAGACGGAAAGUGCGUCUUCAUCCCUCGCUUCGAAGACACGACGGACAUCAUCGAGAGCAAGUUCAUCUAAUCUCCAAGUGCGUUUACUUGAUGGAAGCACGAUACGGAAACAGUUCCCUGCAGACGCAUCAUUAGCGAGCGACGUGCGGCCAUGGAUCGACUCACAUCUGGAGACAAAGGCGCCAUACACGUUCAAACAAAUCCUUGCGCCGCAACCAGCAAGACCUAUAUCCGUCGGUGAAGAACACUCGUCCCUUCGGGAACUUGAUCUUUUGCCCAGUGCGACAUUGGUCCUCCAACCUGUUCAGACAUAUUCAGACGCCUACGCACCAGCUUCGGCUGGCAUCCUCUCGCUCCCUUACAAUGCAGUUACGGGAGCGUAUGGAAUUAUUAGUGGUACGCUGUCUGGCGCGGCGAAUUGGCUACGUGGUGGGCUGUUUCGACCUGAAGACGACGAGCGCGGUCGUACGCUUGGACAGCAGCCACAGCAGGAAUCAUCCACGCCAUACACGAAUCACGCGGACGAAAGACCUGCACCACGUGGAACACCUAGAAAUAAUAUUCGAAUCAGGACGCUAGCCGAUCAGCGUGACGGUACUGUUGAUCAGCAGUUUUACAAUGGGAACAGUCUUGAUUUUGAGCCUAAUAUCGAUGAUUCGACAUCGUCUAAGUAAAGCCAAUACGUCUAGAUACUUUCGCAAGUCGAAGCAGUCCUUCAGCAAACGGAUCCAUCAUCAAAUGCGUCUAUUUCAUUGGUGUAUGCUUAUAAGCAGUCCAGACUACCGGCCAAUUCGCUGUUUUCAGAGCAUGGUUGCGUUUUUGGUGGUAGAACACUCGGGUAUCACUAUGAACACAGAACUCGCAGAGUCAAGAGCUUGGGCUAUGGCAGACUCAUGAACAGUUCCAACAUCUUAGGAUAUAUAGGCGUUCCCAAUCCAGUUAAAGGAUCCCAGCCUUCUACUGCGGAGAAGCCAGAAGUUCCACAACCUGGGUUGUUCCCCUUUGUCACAUCCUUCAUUACCCUGCUGACAUUUCAGUACUUGACGCUAUGUGGUGGAGGAGGCCUAGACACUCACUCUGGAUGCUCAUAAAGGACCUGAUUCAGAAAACCAACACUACUUUUCCCAGCUUUCAUUCGCUCGUUAUUAAUCAGCGUGAUCAUGCU